UAAACAUCCUCCACUUAAACUGUAGUACAGGUAUUGCCACUUUUUUUACUCCAUCCUUCAAUCAUGGCUGUCUUCUCCUUCCUCAUCCUCCUUUUUUCUGCUCUUUCUCUUCUCUCCCGACCUUUCUUAUCUGCGGCCAGCCUCCACAGCUCCGCCGGGCUAUAAACAGAACACAGCUCAUUCCAGAGCAUCCUCACAGUGACACCCCAACUACCUACUUCGAGGUCACUAAGCCCAUAAAGCUCCCAAAGACCAAACCUUGCUCAUACCUUCUUCUCCAACAUGAUUUCGGAAACACCUACGGGCAGCAGCCCGUUCUUGCGAACUACACCCGCCCUUCGAACUGCCCAUCUCAGAACUUCUCCAGAAUUGUUCUUGAAUGGGAGGCCACGUCUAAAGGCAGGCAAUUUGACCGGAUCUUCGGGGUCUGGCUCGGUGGGGUUGAGAUUCUCCGAAGCUGCACCGCCGAACCUAGAGCGACGGGCAUUGUGUGGACAGUUAAGAAGGACAUUACUAGGUAUUAUCCUUUGCUGAUGAGUAGUGAUCAGAUUCUUGCUGUUUAUUUGGGCAACCUUGUUGAUAGUACUUAUACUGGUGUUUAUCAUGUGAAAAUCAAGAUUCAUUUUUACCCAUAUGAAGAAAAGUCUAGUUUUUAUUCUGGGGUUGCUGAUUUAAUACUUCCAGUUUCAAGAAACUUGCCAUUGAAUGAUGGGUUAUGGUUUGAGAUUCAGAAUUCAACAGAUAUCUCCUCAGAGGAGGUCAAGAUUCCUCAAAAUGCAUAUAGGGCUGUAUUGGAGGUUUAUGUGUCAUUCCAUGAAAAUGAUGAGUUUUGGUAUUCAAAUCCUCCUAAUGAUUUCAUAGCUGCAAAUAACCUUACUGAUGUUUUCCCUGGAAAUGGUUCUUUUAGAGAAGUUCUUGUCAGUUUGGAUGGUAAAGUAGUAGGAGCUAUUUGGCCCUUCACUGUGAUUUACACAGGAGGCAUAAAUCCUCUCUUGUGGAGACCCAUUACUGGAAUAGGUUCAUUUGAUCUCCCUUCAUAUGACAUUGAGAUAACUCCCAUGUUAGGGCUAAUGUUGGAUGGGAAGAGUCAUAAGAUCUCAUUCAGUGUCACAAAUGCAUUGAAUGUUUGGUAUAUUGAUGCAAACUUGCAUCUUUGGUUGGAUGGUGACAGUAAAAAAACAGAAGGGAAGCUCAUAGAACACAAAAGCUUCCCUCUUUCUUUGUCUCUAGAGUCAAACUUCACUGGCUUAAACGGUUCUUUCUUGACAGAGUCUAAUCGGACCAUACAGUUGACAGGAUGGCUGAAUUCAUCUUAUGGAGUAAUUCAUACCAAAACAGUUCAAAAUUUCAAGUAUGCCAAUUUUAUGGUUAUAGGGAAUGAAGGGAAUAUGCAGAUGGUAAACCAGACAAUUCAUUUCCGGGAUGCUGUCUAUUCCAAAAUGUCAUCUUCUUCAAGUCAUUCCUUGAAAUCUGCUAAGAAAUUCUAUGUGUCUUUGAAUUCAGAUAGCAUAGAUCAAGGAAAUAAAACUUUUACUUCUGUGGCAAAUCUGACAUUGGGAUUCAAUGAAAAAACGAUCAAAUCUUUGGGUUCAAGAUUAUCCAAAACUUCUCUCAAGAAUUUACAAAAGGGGAAUGGAUCCUUGCUGGUAAAGGACAGCUCGGUUGUGAAUGGAUUGGCGAGUACCAAACAAGCAUACCAUUAUAGUGAAGAUUCUUUCCGCUACUCCAGAAAUGUUGGCAGCUCAAACUACACUAUUCUCUAUGACAAACAAAAAUAUGCUUGAAAUUGAUGAGAUUUUUGUGUUUUUCAAAUAUACGAUAGUAUGUUUUUAUUUACAAAUAUUUCUGGCUACAACCUUCCCCUCAAGUGAAGGGCGGGUUUCGGAAAGAUAACAUGGAAUUUUGAUUAUACUAGAAUUACAUUACAUACUUUGGAGUAUAAGAGGAACAAUGCUAACAUUUGAUACUAUUCCUGUAAAAUUUCCCUAUAUAUAGUGUGUCAUAAUAAUACGAAUUAUUAUUUGAUAAAAAAAAUAUGAAUUAUUAUGUUGUACUCUGUAGUCCGUAUACUAUUAUCAUUGUUGUUUU